AUGUUUGUACUCAGUGAUAAUGUUAUUCAUCUUAUAGGAGGUGGUUUAGGAGGAGCACUUGGUGCUACAAUUACGUGUCCAUUAGAAUUAAUAAAAGUUAGAUUACAAUCAACAACAGGAAUAAAAGGAAAUUCUACAAAAUUUAAUAAUGAAUCAUUAGAAAAUAAUUCAAAAAAAGAAGCUUUAAAAACAAAUAGUUUUUCAAAGGUUAAUUCAUCUAUGUUUAAUGAAAAAUAUAAAAAUCAUGAAGAAAAUAAAUUUUACAAAAUGUAUAAACAAAAAAAUGAUAGUAAAAUACAUGUUAAAAGAUUUCAAAUUUUAAGAGUUGCAACAGCUGCUAGAGAAAUUAUGGUUAAUGAAGGUGGUUGGAGAUCAUUGUACAAAGGUCUUAUACCAUUAGUUAGUGCUGUUGUACCUAGUAAAUGUAUAUAUUUUUAUACUUUUCAUUGGGCUUUGAAAAAUUUUAAUGAUUCAUCAAUAUUUAUUCCUAAUACAGUAGGAGCUUAUAUGUCUGCUAGUGCUGUUGGAGGAAUGUCAUGUUUAAUUGUUUGCAAUCCCAUUCAAGUUGUUAGAACUAGAGUUCAAUUAAGUAAUGGUAAAAUGAGUGUUUUUCAAUGUGUAGUACAUACUGCUAAAUAUGAAGGAGUUCAAGGAUUCUAUAGAGGAUUUGUGGCAUCAAGUUAUGGAAUAUCAGAAUCAAUGAUAACUUUUGCAAUGUAUUAUAAAAUGAAAGAAAAACUUCAUAAAUUUUGGGAAAAUUGGGAAGGAUUUUCAAUUUUUGGAACUAAUUUUUCAAAAGAUUGGUGUGUGCAUUCAGUUUGUGGUGGUACAAGUAAAUUUGUUGGUGUUGCUUUAACAUAUCCUCACGAAAUCGUUCGUACAAGAACACGUGAAAUGGGUACAUAUAGAAAAAUAGGUUUUUGGCGUCAUUUGAUGGAAAUAUAUAGAGAAGGUGGAGUUAGGGCGAUGUAUCGUGGUAUAGAUAUUCAGAUGAUGCGUACCGUCCCAAAUACAGCUAUAUGCCUUGCAACAUAUGAAUUGGUAGUUAAAAAAUUAAAUCAAUACUUUCAUAAAAACUGA